AUGGAGCUUACUGGAAGAUUCCCACAAACUCCACAAAUAAAAUUGGACGCAAAUUACUGUAAAAUAGAUCCGUUGAAAGAAAGAACUGCCUCAAAAGAAGUUCCGGUGCACGUGGAACGAGUUUUGGUGAACGAUACGGCUCAGAUCAAAUGUGAUGUGUCGUCCAAUUUGCCUAACGACCGGAUACUGCUGGUGGUAUGGUACAAGGACAACCUUCCGAUCUAUAGCUACGACACGAGGACAGAAAGCAACAAAGAGACGCCCUCGCAUUGGAGGGACGGCAACAUUCUGGGAGAUCGAGCCAACUUCAAACCGAUGCGGGAUAAAAGUCGAGCAGAACUCGUUAUCAGUCCGGUUCUGAAAAAGGAUGCCGGCGUGUUCCGGUGCCGAGUGGAUUUUUCCCUCUCGCCAACAAAAAACAGCAACGUCAACCUGGAAAUAGUCGUGCCACCGGACGUUCCACGGAUUCACGACUCCAAUGGUUUCGAGCUUCCCCAGCAUGCUGGCCCUUUCGAAGAGGGUGGCAUCCUGGAGCUGAACUGCAUCGUCUCUGGGGGAAUACCCACGCCAAAAAUCACCUGGACCAGCAACGGAAAGGUGCUUCCCAGUACGAUGAUGGAGUAUUCUCACGAGGGUACCCUGAGCAGUAAGCUGGUGGUCCGGAACCUGUCCCGGAACCAUCAGCACAGCGUCUACAGCUGUCAGGCAAGCAACUUCUACAAACGCAACGUGACGGCCAACGUGACGAUUGAGCUGCGGUUGCGACCCCUGGUGGUUGAAAUAAUCAACGGAAGUACGCCUCUUUCGUCCGACCGGCGAUACGCGGUCCAGUGCCAGUCCAGUGGGUCGAGGCCGCCAGCCAAAAUCACCUGGUGGAAGGAGGGUGAGCAGCUGACGGCCACUAAUCAAACGCGCUCCCAAACAACACCGCACACAUUCCGAAAACCAACAAAUCGCAUUUGGAAACAAAACGACAAUGAUGGGGUCAUAAAAGAUGGACAGAUGGACACAUUUAGCCCCCCGGAAACGGAAAUGGGAAUCUGUUCGUUCGUCGUGUACCGGGGCCUAGCACGAACGAUUGCCGAAGGCCGAACAGACCGGGUAGAUCCCUGGAAUCCCAACAACCGGCUGGCUGUUCGUGGCGUGUAA